AAUUAUACCAACUUUGUCACGUAAAAGCAAAGCUAAAUUCUGUGUUAUCAAUGAAAAUUAAUAAACUAAUCUUCCUCUGUCCCUGUUGCAAUUAUCUACAUUCUUUCAGUAACUUUCCUUUUCUUUAUAUCUCUCAUCUCAUUUGUUCAAAACGCUCAAAAAUUCGUGUGCUUGAUAAAAUUAGCAAAGGGGAAGCAAAGGAGAGAAGGGUUUUUCCAUGGCUUCAACUUUGCUGUUGGUUAUUGUAUUUGUGCUCAAUUUAAUUGCUUUUGCUCUUGCUGUUGCUGCUGAACAAAGGAGAAGUACUGCCAAUGUUGUCACUUCUGGGACUGAAUCCUACUGCCAAUACGAUUCAGAUGUAUCAACAGGUUUAGGUGUUGGGGCCUUUAUACUCCUCCUGGCUACUCAACUUCUUGUAAUGCUGUCUAGCCGAUGUCUAUGUUGUGGUAGAGGUCUGAGACCUGGUGGUUCCAGGUCAUGGGCAAUUAUACUGUUCAUUACCUCCUGGGUGUUUUUUUUUAUCGCGGAGGUAUGUCUGCUUGCGGGUUCUGUAAGGAACGCCUAUCACACCAAAUACAGGAGUGUCUUACAUAGCCCACCUUCUUGUCAGACCCUUAGGAAGGGGGUUUUUGCAGCCGGUGCUGCUUUUACAGUCUUUACUGGCAUAAUCUCUGAGCUUUAUUAUGUUAGCUACUCCAAGGCCAGUGUAGACAACGCGCCUGCCCACGUUGGUGACACAGGCGUGCGCAUGGGCAACCUUUAGCAGUUUAGCUGAUGCUCAUACUGUUCUUGUAAACAUAUCGUGUUGAUGUAGGUUUAUCAUCUUGUAGUUUCAUGGUGAAUGUCAUUGGUAGCUGCUACUAAGAACAAUCAUGAUCGCUUGUCACUAGUUCUACAUAAUUAGGCUUCAGAUUGAUCUUGUUGCUUUACUCUAGAAUUCAAAUGUUGGUGUACAUUCCUGUUCUUUGAAUGCCUUGUUGUUGUAGUACUUUUGGUUUUAUGUAAAAAUACAAAACUGUGACUUGGCAUUGGA